ACUCUGUCACAUAAGUCGAUUAAGUCAAUGCUCCUUCCUGUUUUUCGCGAGUUCCCUCUCUGUUUUGUUUCUUGUUUGACGAGGUUGGGCUAAGUUGGAGCUCCAGGAGAGCAUGUACUGAAGGAGGGCUGAGCAGAACAACAUAGUUGCUAGAGAGGAAGGGCUGUUGCUUUGAAAACCUUUACAGGACUUUUUAAGUGGAGAGUCUUGACGGCGCCCACGAGAUUAGACCCCAGGAGUAGCCGAAUGACGAAAUGGGGGGGUUGUUGAGUAGGGGGUUAGGGGGUAGGGAGGUGGUGAGAAGAGGGUAGGAAAUACUGGGGCGCUGAAUUUAAUAUUCCUUCCCCUGAUCUUAGGGGGAAACCCAGGAUUCCCAAAGACUGUUAAAGAGUAAACAUCACACACAUCCUGACUGUAGGAAAGGAAAGGAGAGGGCCUUAAGGAGCAUGGAAGCACUGAGGGAGUCUUUUCUGCAUUUGACCUUUCAGAUGUCCACAUACAAGAGGGCCACUCUGAACGAAGAUGACCUGGUAGAUUCCAACGGGGAUGAGUUCUACCCCCCUGCCAUGCAGGUGACACUGCGACAUGGUCCUGGUCCCAGGUGUUGGGCUGAGAAGACAUACACUGAACGGAGGCUGUUGGUCCUAGUGUGUGCAUUGUCUGUUGCCUUGUUCUUCUCUCUCAUCACUGUUGGGAUCUUCUACAAAGAGACUCACCCAGGUGUGUGUCGGACAGAACCAUGCAUUAUUGUGGCCAGUGCUGUGAUUGGAGCCCUGGACCGUUCUGUGGACCCCUGCCACGACUUCUACAGCUUUGCCUGUGGGGGAUGGGUACGGAACAACCCCCUCCCUGAGGGAAAGUCCCGAUGGGGUCCCUUCAGCAGCCUAUGGGAGCGCAAUAUGGCCAUCAUGAAGCACCUGCUAGAGAACACCACCAUGAAGGGGCUGAGCAAGGCUGAGGAGAAUGCCCAGAUGUAUUACAAGGCAUGUAUGAAUGAGACUAAGAUCGAGGAGUUAGGAGCUCAGCCUCUACAGGAGCUUAUCAAUCAGGAGAUCAUACAUUUUAUUUUACAGACAGGAGGAUGGGCCCUAACUGGCUCCUGGGAAAAUAACAAUUUCCAGGAGGUUCUACGCACAGUGUCAGCCAACUACCAUUGCUCCCCCUUCUUCACUGUGUUUGUCAGUACAGACUCCAAGUGCUCCAACCACAAUAUUAUUCAGGUGGAUCAAUCUGGGCUGGGGCUCCCCUCUCGGGAUUAUUACCUCAACAAAACUGCCAAUGCAAAGUAUCUGAAUGCAUACCUAGACUUCCUGGUGGAGUUAGGGGUCCUGUUGGGGGGCUCACAGGAGACAUCCAGAUUGCUGAUGCAGGAAAUUGUGGACUUUGAGACCACCCUGGCCAACAUCACCAUACCCCAGGAGGAGAGGAGGGACGAGGAGCUAAUUUACCAUAAGAUCCAGGCAAAGGAUCUGGAGACAUUGGCUCCUGCGGUGGACUGGAUGCCUUACCUCACAGACGUGUUUGCUCCUGUUCUUCUAAAUGACUCAGAGCCUGUGGUGGUGUACGCCAAGGACUACCUCCAGAAGGUCUCUGACCUCAUUGCAAGCACUAACAAGAGUGUCCUGAACAACUACAUGAUCAUGAAGGUGGUGAGGAAGAUGGUGUCCAUCCUGGACAAGAAGUUCCAGGAUGCUGAGCAGCGCUUCUUUGAAGUCAUGUAUGGAACCAAGAAGAGCUGCACCCCACGCUGGAAGCUGUGCGUCAGCGACACAGACAGUGCCCUCGGCUUUGCUCUCGGGGCCCUCUUUGUCAAAGCCACUUUUGCUGAGGACAGCAAGGCCAUUGCAGAAGAUAUGGUCUCUGAGAUCAAAUGGGCAUUUGAGGACAGCCUGAAGUAUGUGGACUGGAUGGAUCAGGGGACCAAAAAGGCAGCCAGAGAGAAGGCUGAAGCCAUUUACAACAUGGUUGGAUAUCCAAAAUUCAUAAUGGACCCCAAGGAGCUUGACAAAGUGUUCAAUGAUUUUGAGGUGGUGUCUGACCUGUAUUUUCAAAAUGUCAUGCAGUACUACAACUUCUCUGCCAGAGUGACUGCGGACCAGUUAAGGAAAACCCCCAACAGAGAUCAGUGGAGCAUGACCCCUCCUACAGUGAAUGCAUACUAUAAUCCUACCAAGAAUGAGAUGGUGCUCCCUGCGGGAAUCCUUCAAGCUCCUUUUUAUAGCCGCUCAUGGCCAAAGGCCCUGAACUUUGGGGGGAUUGGUGUAGUUAUGGGACAUGAGUUGACGCAUGCUUUUGAUGACCAAGGGAGGGAGUACGACAAGGAUGGGAACCUCCGCUCCUGGUGGAAGAAUUCAUCUGUGGAGGCCUUUAAGAAGCAGACCCAGUGUAUGGUGGAACAGUACAGUAACUACAGCAUCAACAAGGAAGCCCUCAAUGGAAAACACACCUUGGGAGAGAACAUAGCUGACAAUGGUGGCCUGAAGGCUGCCUACAAGGCUUAUGUGAACUGGAUUGCAAAGAAUGGAGAGGAGGCCACUCUGCCCGCCCUAGGGAUGACUAAUCAUCAGUUAUUUUUUGUUGGAUUUGCCCAGGUAUGGUGCUCAGUUCGAACUCCGGAAAGCUCGCAUGAGGGCAUCAUCACAGAUCCACACAGUCCAUCGAGAUUUCGAGUUAUUGGCACCAUCUCCAAUUCCCAUGAGUUCUCCAAGCACUUUGGCUGCAAGGCAGAUGCCCCCAUGAACCCUAAACACAAGUGUAAGCUUUGGUGAUGCCUAGCUACACAUAUGUAGGUCUGGCAGGUGGCAAAAUGGACACUGGGGACAUGGAGCAAAAAUAGAUGCAGUGGUAAAGUCUCUUAGGAAGGAGCGUACUGGUCUCGAUACUACUGAAAAUCCAGCUGUCUUACCCACUACACUUCUCAGUGUCCUUAAUGAGGACUGAAGCUGGAAGUUGAGCCAGAUCCAACUCUCUUCAUAAAGAAAAUUUGUUAUAGAAAUCAGCCUCUCUUUCCUCAAUGGAACUCUGAAAAUGUGCCUUGUUCACUUAAUGGAGGGACAAUUUUAACACUGGAAACCAAAGGAAUGGUUAUAAAAAGGAGAACACUAAUGGGAACUUCUCUCAAUCAGAUUUUAUGAAGUUGUCAUAUGCAUUAUAGUGAUAUUAUAGUGAUAUUUAUUUGUUGUUUGUAUCAGUUAUAUCACUCCACCUCUGUGUUGUCUUCAGUUACUAUAUAUUUCUUGACUGCAAAAGAAAAUGAGUUGCGAUUCCUGGAUUUGGAUUGAGAUAUAAUCCAGAGGAAACGGUCAAUCACAUCUACAGUAUAAUACAAGUUACUGUCAUAAGUGGAUUGUAAAAGCCAUAUUUUAUUAUUGCACAUGAUUGAUCCGGUCAAUAGGCCUACACAUUGGGCUUAUCUUGUUUCUGCAUCAACAAAACCUAACAAUGAUUUGGGUUAAUGUCUCCAGUGUAUGCAGUAGUGGUGUUAAAGUGACCCUCACAUAAUUGGUAAAUGCCUGAUAUAAGAGACAUACUUAAACAAAUAUUCAUUCAGAGCAUUCUGAAACUCAGGGAUGUACUGUUUAACCUUUAUUUAACAAUGCAAGUACUGAAAAAAUAUAAACGCAGCAUGUAAA